AUGCAGGAAAGCAGCACAGUCGCUGAUCUGGAGGUGGAAAUAUCGAAGCGUAUGGCUGAUGUCGCGAUGACAUUGCGGGAUCUCUAUCGCUACACCAAGGCAGGGUCUGAUCUCAACGAGGCUGCGGAAAUGGCAAGGAAAGCCAUUCGCAGGACCUCGCAUGGAAGCCCUCAUCGGCCCCAGGUUUUGCGGGACCUCGCCAUGAUACUCGACGACCAAUUCUCCCUGGCUGGAACCCUCACGACGUUUGAGGAGGUGAUCGAAGUCUCGCGUCAGGUCGUGCAAGCAGCCCCAAAGGGUCAUCCAGCUCGAUUGCAAUAUUUGGAUGAGCUUUCGCAACGACUGUUUGAUGAGUCUAUUCGUCAUCCCGAGAGGGAUGAUUACAAGGUGGAAUGUCUCGAAGUCACUCAGACCUUGAUUGAAGAAACCCCAGAAGAUGACCCAGAACGACCUCAUCAUUUGGUUCAUCUGGCAUUGGUUCUUGGGAAUAUGUACCGACAGACGAGAGCGAUACAGAAUCUCGAGCAGGGCAUUGAUCUCAUGCAGCAGGCCUUCAGAAAAUUACCAGGGCGUCGUUCUGACUAUCCACGGUAUUUACAUAUAUCAGCCAAGAUGCUCCAGGAUCAGUAUCUCCAUGCCAAGGGGACACUGAGCCAUACAGAAGCUCUCAGGGUUACUAGAGAGGCAGUGGAUGCAGUCCCAGAAGAUAACCCCAGGAGGGCUAUGCAUUUAUACUACCUUGGACUCAUGUUGAAGCACAUGUACUACUUCAUGAGGCAAAGAAGUGACCUCGAGGAGGCCAUCGUGGUCCUUCAGCAGGCGAUGGCAAUCCCUCAAGAUCACGAUGAAGAAUGGGUCAACCAGGUUACUGAUCUAGGAAACUGCCUACAGACACGGUUUAUGCUCACAAACUCGGUUCAAGACCUGGGCGAGGCUCUUGCGCUGGCCAGAAACGCGGUCGAGUGUACUCCCCAGGAUUCCGCAGAGCUAGGAAGCAUUGUUUGCGACUUGGCAGCUCGCCUCGAGAUGAGACAUGAGAUGACGGGGUCACUCCCCGAUCUUGACGAGUCCAUUGAAAUCCUCAGAAGCUUUCUCCAAUCAACAUCAGGCCACACCACAUCACGAGGGGAGUUGCUACAAGCACUGGGAAAUAGAAUCGGGUCACGCUAUGAUCUCUCGGGCAGCAUGGCCGACCUCGAAGAAAGUAUCAAGCUCUCUAGGCAGGCGAUUGAUGAGACUCCCAGCACAAAUCCAAGGUGGAUAUUUUGUCUCAGCAGCUUAGCCACUGGAACUUAUACAAGAUAUCUUCGUACGGGGGCAAUGGCGGACCUUGAUGAGGCCAUCGAAAUUAUGUCAACAGUGGCUGGGAGAUCCCAAGACGCGCCUGACUGUCGGAAUUUCUUUGCUUACAACCUCGGGAAAUAUCUGCAGGCCAGAUACAGGAGGUCGAGAGACUCCUCUGACAUUGAAAGGGCUAUUGAACUAGCCAGACAGCUGGUCCAGGCACCCGUGCAUCCGCUCGAUCACUCUCAACGUCAAGAAUACCUGGAACAACUAUCGGGUGCUUUGAGUCUUCGUGCCGAGGACUCUGGGGACUUGACCGACCUUGACGAGGCUGUGGAAUUGGCAAGAGAAGCAAAAGUCACGACACCCACAGAUCAUCUCAGCUGGCCAAUGAUGUUGAGCAGUCUUGGGCUUGUUCUGGGAAAGAGAUUUAAGAAGACACAAGACAUCUCUGAUCUCAACGAGGCCAUAGAGCUGGCUUUGCAAGCGGCCAGCUCUCUAGGCGAAGGGCAUCCUAACCGAGCCGAGAAUCUUUCGCUGGCUGCAGCACUCCUCAACGUGAAGUUCGGCGUGACAAGAGCCGAGAGUGAUAGUCAGCAGGCUACAUCGUUGCUUCAAGAAGCACUGCUCCAAGCUGAGGCACCUGUCGGAACUCGUAUCAACGCUGGCUCAGAUCUUGCUUUGCGAUGCUUCGUAGAUGAGAACUGGGAACAGGCUUACGAAGCGGCCAAGCUUACGACUAGCCUCAUAAACCAGCAAGGACUCCGUUCGAUUCCAAAUUCAGACAAGCAGGAACUGCUGAAAAGGACGGGGGGCCUUUCAUCUACUGCAGCGGCCUUGGCGCUUCACCAUGGAGAAGAUCCACUGACCGCACUGAGUCUUCUCGAAAAGGGGCGGGGCGUGAUUGCCUUGUCUCUCGACGAGAUAAACGCCGAUGUCACCGAUCUGGGAGAAAAUUACCCCAAUCUAGCUACAAGUUUUGUCCGGCUCCGAAGCCAACUGAUGAAGGUUGAGACAAAGACCGAAGAGCGGGAAAGGUCUACAUGGAGCGUUGAACGGAAUCCACGCUACGAGGCAGGGAACAAGUUCGAGAAACUACUCCUUGAGAUCCGCCAGCAGCCCGGGUUUGAGAACUUCUUGCUUGCUCCAGAUGAGUCAGAGGUACGCUAUGCGGCGAGACAUGGCCCAAUUGCCAUCAUCAAUGCGACCGCUGUCCGGUGCGAUGCGAUCCUAGUUGAAACCCAUCAAGUCCGGUCAUUACCCUUGCCGCUUUUCAACUACAAAGAUACGUUCGAGCAUGUCAGGAAUGAUACCCUUAAGAGCUCCCAAGCUCUUGAGUGGCUAUGGCACUGCAUCGCGAGUCCAGUCCUAACCGCCCUGGGGUUUAACCAGCCCCCCUCGAACAAUGCCUGGCCUCAUGUUUGGUGGGUUACGACGGGACUGCUCACCAAGUUUCCCAUCCACGCAGCUGGUCUUCACUCAAAAUGUUCUUCUGAGACCGUCAUUGACAGAGUCAUCUCGUCCUAUCACACUUCUGUCCAAGCGAUUCUUCGCAACCGCAGGCGCCCCAUCCCUACAGUUACAUCACCUGAAGUGCUCCUAGUUGCGAUGGGGCAUACUCCUGGGGCCUCUAGAUUGCCUUUCGCGUCUGAGGAGAUCACCGCUGUUCGCGACGUGUGCAAGUCAAUGUCACUCACCACGACAGAGCCAGGGCCUCGGAAGCAGGAUAUUCUAUCAUGCCUCCCCCAGUGCCGGCUAUUUCACUUCGCUGGCCAUGGUUGCGCUGACCUAAAAGAUCCAUUGCAGAGCUACCUUUGCCACAGCAAAGAUAGAGCCGGUUCUAUAACGGUUUCAAACCUAAUGGACACGGACCUGAGAAGCAGCUUCCCGUUCCUUGCCUACCUGUCUGCUUGCAGCACCGGGCAAGUGCAGAUUGAAGAACUGAUGGAUGAGAGUCUUCACCUGAUCAGUGGUUUUCAGCUGGCAGGGUUCCGGCACGUCAUUGGCACGCUAUGGGAAGUACAGGAUGAGCUUUGCGUAGACAUGGCGAGGAUCACAUAUGAGGGCAUGUGGGAAAGAGGUAUGACGGACGAGUCAGUCUCUUGGGGACUACACAAGGCUACGAGGGAGCUUCGAGACCGUUGGGUACGCGAGAUGGAAGGAGAAUCUAGAUCUAUCAGAUCCUCUGGGGGAGAGUUGGGACGUGAUGGAGUCAAGGCUCUUGAAGGAACUCAAGAGGAUGAACACAAUGACAGGUCCAGAGAUAUCUUGUCGUGCGACGAGGAUGCCCCUUCUCCACAUUGGGUCCCGUAUGUUCAUUACGGGGUUUGA